CUGUAACACUUAAAUUAUGGUCCCUUAUAGGCACAUCGAAUUGGUGAAUGACAAUGUCUAUCUCUCUUGUAAUCUGUUCUCUGUUCGGUAUUGUACGUUUAAACGCACAGACACUGGGCGGUGCAGUCUGCCAAGAUAAGAUAGACAACUGUUCACAGUAUGGCCUUACCGUCUGUACAACCUACCAACCCUGGGCACGUGACCAUUGUUCGGCGUACUGUGGAUUCUGCAUAGCUCCAUCAACCACCCCGUUACCUUGUGCGGACAAAAUAGAUGAUUGUGAGAGCUAUGGACAACAUGUUUGCAGUGAACCUAGGUAUAUCGCAUUUGUACUGGAAAACUGUCGCUACUUUUGCAGGCAGUGUUCAGAUGAGCAACUAGCGAACGCAGAUUCCAAGACAACAACUUUACCACCUCCACUUUGUGUUGACAAACUCGAUACUUGUGUUCGAUACAGCCAGGACGUGUGUACGACCUAUAAACGAUGGGCACAGGAAAAUUGCCGCUUUUACUGUCGCUUGUGUAGUCAGGAACAACUUCUUAUUGCGGAUUCUAAGACCACUACCACCACGACAAUCGGAACGCCAGCUAUUCCAUGCAAGGACAACCUCCCCCAUUGUGACGUUUAUGGUGACGACAUAUGCACAACAUAUCCAUCUUGGGCAGAGGUUAACUGCCGUGCCUACUGUCGAUUCUGCAAACCUUUAGAGUUUGUAACAUUAGGAAGCGUGGGUCCCGGCUCAAUCCCAGUAAAUAAGCGGACCAAGGAAAGAAAAAACAGGUCCUAUCUGAGAAAACUGAAUUGAAGAUAAAACACAUCUAUGCAAGAAGAAAACUAGCUUAUGUACAUUAAGGCAAACUAAAUAAAUAUUUCAUUUA